AUGGAUAGGCGAACAGGACGGCUAUACAUACACUGUACCAUCAUCACCGUCAAUCCAAGCCGAGACAUCAUCACAGACGGCGCCAUUUUGGUGGAAGACACCCGUAUAGUCGCCAUUGGAACCUCACAAGCUUUGCUUGCAGAAGUCAGCGACUCUAGUUACGAAACUGUUGACCUAGGACGAAAGAUUGUGAUUCCUGGCUUGAUCAAUACGCAUGUCCAUCUCGCCCAGUCCUUGCUACGAGGUUUAGCAGAAGGUCUUGACUUGCACGAAUGGCUUUGCUCCGCAAUAUGGCCCCUGGAGGCUGCUUUCCAAGGCGCAGACGGCUAUAUUGCUGCCAAGCUGACCAUAGCGGAGAUGUUGAAGAGUGGCACAACGACUUUUCUAGAGCCCAUGUCAACGCAUACAACGGGGUUAGAGAACGUGGUACGCGCGGUCGAUGAGAGUGGCAUACGCGCCUGCAUAGGUAAACUCGUUAAAGUCUCAGAGACCAACGCCGCAACGGGCAUGAUUGAUGCUCGAGACAAAGACGUGGCUUCCAUGAGCAUCGACGCCGCAUUAGAGGCACACGCCAUCUACCACAACAACUUUGACAAUCGUCUCCAAAUCUGGAUGGCCCUCCCCACGCCCCGAGGCAGCGAUCCAUCCUUCCAUGCCCUCGCCGCAGAAUCCGCGCAACAACAUGCGAUAAAUCUCACAAUGCACUGUGCAGAAGCCCCUCGAGACCUGGAAAUCUACCAAACUCAUUAUCAUUGCUCCCCUAUGGAGUUCUGCACUCGGAGCCAGAUAUCAAACGGGGUGAAGCAGACGAAGACCGUAUUAGCUCACAUGGUCAAUCUCGACCUCACAACGGACAUUCCCCUCCUCCUGGAAGCAGCAGAAACGACCACCAUCUCUCAUAACCCAGCCUCCAACUGCAAACUCGGCAACGGCAUCGCUCCCAUCUCCACACUGCUCUCUGCAUCCUCAGCAUCCAACAGGAAAAGGAUCAACAUCUCCCUCGGCACAGACGGUGCCCCCUGCAGCAACACCCACGAUCUCUUUCGCACCAUGCACCUGACCUCUCUUCUCGCAUGCGGUACAGCCCGCGACGCACAAGGCCUCUCGGCGAAGCAAGUCUUGGCCAUGGCGACCAUCCAUGGCGCAGAGGCGCUGGGCUUGGAGGAUGACGUCGGAAGUUUGGAAGUGAACAAAAAAGCAGAUUUUGUCGUUGUAGAUCCGUACACGAUUGGGGCGGGAGCGGCGCCAUAUGAUUGGGAACAGUGCGGCUCCGGUGGAGUGGAUCCGGUUACGGUGGUGGUGCAUUCGUGUACGGGUAGGGAUGUUGAUAUGGUGGUUGUGGAUGGGAAGGUUCUGGUCCAAGGGGGAAAGCUCGUAGAUGGAGACGAGCAAGCUCUGUUGGCUGAGGCACGAGUCAGUGCUAGAGGAAUUCGAGAAAGAUCUGGGAUCAAGGCUCAACCUGCGUGA